CCCGGUUGGGACGGAGAGGCGGCGUGACAUGGCAGCAGGACACAGCGGGCAACUGGAUGCGGCGGCUGGAAGCAGCAGGUUUUCACAUGAUCUCUGGCUUUGGGCUAAGGCUCAGAUCCUGGCUUUGCAUCCCCCACCCCACGGCAUGGGAUCCAAUACCUGUGCUGCUGUGCAAUCAGAAACCACAUCUAGGGGUACUGAGGGCCAGCCUGCCACCUCUUCGUGGGUCACAAACCCUGUCAAAACCACAUGGAACCAGCAACAGCUGCAUCGAGAGUUAUUGUUCACCCAUCGCAAAGGCCUGAGUCUUCGUUCUAAGCCAGAGCUACUGCAGGUACUGGAGCAUCGGAACCGGUGCCGGGAAGGGACAGAAAGUGGCUUGGAGCAGUCACCCCUGGAGCAGGAGCUUCUGCGCUGGCAGCAAAGACGAGAACAGAAUCAGCAGCAGGAAGAGACAGGUGAUAAAGUUGGGAAUCAACCAGAGUUUAUCCGGGUCCGGGAAAACCUACGAAGGACACACCACUCACAGGAUCUCCCUCCCCAACAUGCAGCCCCUUCCCCAAUAUCCAGCCCCUUACUGCGCCCUCUUCUCACCAACAGACAGCCCUCCAGGCACCCAGCCACACACCCUCCUGUGGUCCCUAAGCCUCAAGUCCCACAGCUUCAGAGUUCCCUAAAAGUCUCCAGUCCCUUCUCAGCUCCAUCUCAGUGUCCCCUUGCCAAUACAUGACACACACCCCUACUCACUCACUCACUCUCUCACUCUCUAAUUCAGUCACACACAUAUUAUGGCUCCCUCCUGCUCCAGGUUUGGGGAGGGAUCCCACAGGAGCCUGAAUUUCCAGUAGUCCUUGUUCUAAGCUGUUGGGCCCAUCCUGCACUGAAGAGCAGGCAUAACCUAAAAGAGAAGGGGGGCAGCGGGUUGGUCUGAUAUGGAUCCUACUUCUCUACCUCCCUUGUCUGUCAGAAAAUAAAAACUCCCAUAAACAACAA